AUGCUGGACAAGGAGAAAACUUUGGGCGUUAGCAUCGAGGAUAGGACCUCGCUUGAUUCGCUUGAAAGAUCGCUGGGGGAUUCAGGCAAGACGCAUACUUACGAGACCAAACUCAAUGUGUUUGACAGAUGGGCAUCUAAGCUUAAUGCUGAGACCAAGGGAGUAGAUGUGGUGCUUGACGAGGAGAAGACAGAUACCUCCGUAUGGAACGCUGCGUCCAUGUGGCUCUCUGCCAACUUGGUGAUUGCCACCUUCUCGUUGGGUGCAUUGGGGAUCACUGUUUAUGGUCUUUCGUAUUUCCAAUGCGUGAUGAUUAUCAUUUUCUUUUCGUUCAUGGGUGCUGCCCCCACGGCGUUUUUCUCCAUUUUCGGAUGCCGCUUGGGGCUCCGUCAGAUGAUCGUUUCCAAGUACCUUGUGGGUAACUAUGGAAUGAGGAUUUUCGCUUUUAUCAACAUGAUUGCCUGUAUUGGAUGGGGUGCUGUGAAUAUCAUGGCUUCUGCCCAGUUAUUGACCAUCGUGAACAAUGGCGCUUUACCUCCGUGGGGCGGAUGCUUGAUCUUGGUCGUGUGUACCAUCUUGGUGUCUUUCUUUGGCUAUCACGUAAUCCACUACUACGAGCGAUGGGCGUGGAUUCCAAACAUGGCUAUCUUCAUUGCCAUCAUUUGCCGCAUGGCCAUGGCAAAGACCUUUACCUGGGGAGAAACCAAAGGGGGCCAAACUGUUGCUGGAAAUGUUUUGUCAUUUGGCGGUACCGUUUUCGGAUUCACUUGUGGCUGGACCACUUUUGCUUCCGAUUAUACGGCCUACCAACCUCGCAAUGCCAACCCAUAUCGGAUUUUCUUUGGCAUCUUGGCUGGCCUUUGGACUCCUUUGUGUUUUGUGUUGCUCUUGGGUGCUGCUUGUGCUACGGGCACUUUGACCAACGACGACUGGAAGACCCAGUAUGAGGAGCACGCUGUUGGAGGACUUGUAUACUCCAUUCUCGUCGAGAACUCACUCCACGGCUUUGGCCAAUUCUUGUGUGUUUUGUUGGCUCUUUCCACUGUGGCCAAUAAUAUUCCCAACAUGUAUUCCAUUGGCAUGAGUGCCCAGGCCUUCUCUUCUUACUUGAAGAAAGUGCCUCGUGUGGUUUGGACUAUUGGCGGCAACUUUAUCACUUUGGCCAUCUGCAUCCCAGCAUACUAUCACUUCGAGUCAGUCAUGGAGAAUUUCAUGAAUUUGAUAGGCUACUACCUAUCCAUUUACUUGGCCAUGAGUUUCUCUCAGCACUUCAUCUGGAAUAAGGGCCGCUGGUCUGCGUAUGACUAUAUGAGCUACAUGGACAAAAAUGCCUAUCCAGUGGGAUUAGCUGGUAUUUUUGGGUUCUGCUGUGGCGCUGCUGGCGUCGUUCUAGGUAUGAACCAGCAAUGGUACAGUGGUGUCAUAGGAAGGCGGAUAGGGGAAAGAGGUGGUGAUAUAGGAUUCGAGUUGGCUGCCACAUUUGCUUUUAUUGGCUUCAAUCUAAUGAGACCAAUUGAAAUCAGGUACUUAGGGAGGUAG